AUGCCACGCCUUUCGUCACGUCGCCGUAGGCGCUCCGAAACGGAAGACGCGGAUGACAGCGAUGAUGGACGAAAUGGCGUUGGCUCGCAAGCCUCGGACUCCUCGAAGCGAAGACGACUUGAUUCUGAAUCUGAGACCGAAGGAGAUACUGGCCCCUCAACGACACAUACAAGACGGGUAAAUGGCACACUGAAUGGCGACAUUAUGCAAGAUUUUCAGCCUGGUGCCAUUGUGCGUGUUACAGUCCAGAAUUUUGUCACCUACGAAAAGGCAGAGUUCUUCCCGGGGCCGCAUCUGAACAUGGUUAUUGGUCCCAAUGGCACUGGCAAAAGUUCACUCGUCUGCGCUAUUUGUCUGGGACUAGGCUAUAGCCCAAAGCAUCUGGGCCGAGCAGGGUCUGUCAAGGAGUUUGUCAAACAUGGCAAGGAUACGGCAACAAUCGAAAUCGAACUUCAGAAGAAGCCAAGGGACCGAAGCAACUAUGUCAUCAAGGUGCAAAUCCGCCGCGAGCAAAACAGCCAAAAAUGGUGGUUAAAUGGAAAAGAGACAAGCCACAAGAAGAUUCAAGAGCUGAUGAAGUCCUUGAAGAUACAAGUUGACAACCUGUGCCAGUUUCUACCCCAAGAUCGAGUUGUCGAGUUUGCAGCCUGCACGCCUAUAGAUCUACUGCAUGAGACUCUUCGUGCUGCGGCACCAGAGGAAAUGCUCCUCUGGCAGGGUCAACUGCAGGAAUUGCACAAGGAAAAGAAAGAGCUGGCCGAAGCCGUUCACACCGAUUCUGAUGCUUUGAAGACUUUGGAAAAUCGCCAACAGGGCCUACAAGCAGAUGUGGAUAGAAUCCGCGAAAGAGAGGAAAUUCAGGAUAAGGUGGAGAACCUCCAGUCAGCCUUGAUUUUGGCCAGGUAUUCAGAAGCACGAGAGAACCAUAGUAAGGCGAGAGAUCGGAAAAAGGAGGCAGAACGAACUCUAAGGCGACUGGAAAGCGAAAGUGGACCAUCGCUGGAAGCUGUUAACCAGAAACAAGAGUACGCUCAGCAAGUACAAGCUGCAAUACCACCCAGAGAGAAGGCCGUGAAGGAUGUUGAUCAUGCCACCCUGGGUAUUGCCCGUGAUAUUAUCGGCGCGGCGGAGCUGGUUGGAGAAAUGGACAGCAGGUUAGAAGCCGAGCGCAAGGGAUUUGAGUCAAAAAAGAAAGAGCUGGCAGCUUCACGGUCGAAAAUCACUGCGUUCCAAGCUGACCUCAGAAACCGACCUGUCGAAUUCAAUGCCACAGAUUGGAACCAGAAAAUUCGUGCUGAGGAACACAACAAAAGAGAUAUGGAGGCCGAGCAGCGCCAAAUCUCCACAAACAUGGAGACACUCAAGGAGCAGGUCAGGCCUCACGUAGCCAAUAUUCGCAGACUAAACGAGGAGAUCGAGGCUUUCGACACGCAACAGGGACAGCAAAUGUCAUUCAUGCGCAAGCACUUUCCCGAGUUGGCAAAUGGUUGGGAUUGGAUACAAAACAACCAAUCUCGAUUCGAAAAGGAAGUAUUUGGACCGCCAAUGAUCAGUUGUUCCGUCAAGGACGAGCGAUACUCGGACCACGUCCAAAGUCUUCUUCAAGUCGAUGAUCUGACUUGUUUCACCGCGCAAACCAAAAAUGACUACAAAAAGCUUACUGACCAGCUGUAUCGAGAGAUGAGCUUGUCCGUUGUGGUCCGAACCUGCUCAAGCCCCUUGUCCGCCUUCAAGCCUCCUAUUAACGCUGCUGAAGCCGCAGAACUAGGCUUGGAUGGAUUUGCAAUUAACUACUUGGAAGGACCAGAGCCUGUUCUAGCCAUGCUAUGCUCUGAAAAGCGGCUGCACCAGUCCGGCGUAGCCCUCAGAGAUCACAAUGAUCAAGCGUACGAUCGACUAAUCAAAGAUAACAGAGUCAACCAAUGGGCUGCUGGAAGGCAAACGUUCACAAUCCGCCGUCGUAGGGAAUACGGACCCAACGCCAUGACGACUAUUACCAAAAAUAUUCAGAAGGGACGAUUCUGGACAUCUCAGCCCGUUGAUGCGCAGGAGAAGAGAGAACUGGAGAAGCAACUAAAGGAGGCGAACGAUGAGAGAUCUGCGCUAAAAGAAGAGCAUACAAAGCUUCAAGCCAAAAUCAAUGCCAUUGAAGAGCAGAAGAGUGAAAUUGCCGAGAAGAUCGAUACGUUGCGAGCCGAGAAGAGCGCGCUGCAGAAGGAGUUCCAAAAGUGGCAAUCUCUGCCUGUCAAAAUUGAAUCCGAAGAACGCCAAAAAGCCAUGCACGAAGAGGCCUUGAGAGACGCCAGGAAACGCAUGCAGGACAUUCAGUAUGAAUGGGACAAUGCGGUUCUGAAGCGGGCAAAGCUCGUCAUCAAGCACAAGAAACUCACGGACAAAAUGCGCGAAGCGCAGUUAGCCUUGGUCGAGGCUAAAAUCUGGCUUAUUGAAGCCAAUUCAGACAUUCAAGGCCUCAAGGACCGCAAUGCUAGUAUCAUGGCGCAGCUUGAAGAGGAGAGACGAAAUGUCCAAAUAGCCACCGAGGAGACGAACCGCACCAAAGAUAUUGGACGUCGAUUAGGCGAGGAUGUCAAGGAUCUUCUCGCCAGGGAUCAGAGCAAACGCGACCUCUUCACCGAACUUGCCGAGGGCAAGACACCGCAUGAAAUUGAAAUGGAAGUUGCAGCCGAGGAAGCCAAGCUAGAGCUCAUACACGCGGCCAACCCAAAUGUCAUUCGAGAAUUCGAGCGACGCGCAGAGGAGAUUUCCAGACUGAAGCGAAAGAUGGAGGGAGCCAACGAUAAACUCGAGGAGCUCAACACCCAUCUUGCCAGUCUAAUGAAUAAAUGGGAGCCCAAGCUGGAAGAGCUCGUGUCGCAAAUCAACGACGCAUUUGCCUACAAUUUCGAGCAGAUAAGCUGCGCCGGUGAGGUUCGCGUCCACAAAGAGGAGGACUUUUCCCAGUGGGCUCUGGACAUAAUGGUCAAGUUUCGCGAAAACGAAGCCCUCCAACAACUCACUGCCCAUCGUCAAUCCGGCGGCGAACGAGCCGUCUCAACCAUCUUCUACCUCAUGGCCCUCCAAUCUCUAGCCCAAUCACCCUUCCGCGUCGUCGACGAGAUCAACCAAGGUAUGGAUCCUCGCAACGAACGCAUGGUUCACGAACGAAUGGUGGAAAUUGCAUGUCGCGAACACACGAGCCAGUAUUUCUUGAUCACGCCUAAGCUGCUCACUGGGCUGCGGUAUGAUCCCAAGAUGAGGGUGUUGUGCAUAGCAAGUGGGGAGCAUAUGCCCAAGGAGGGGAGAAAGGUUGACUUUACGAGAUGUUUGAAGAUUCAGAAGCGGUUGAUGGCUGCUGGGUGA